CGCAGGCGCCGUGGGGACCCGGUAGCGGCGGCGGCGGCGGCGGCGGCGCUGCUAGCUGGUGGCUUGACUGAGCGGGAGGCGCCAUGGCGGCGGACGGAGAGCGCUCUCCGCUGCUGUCCGAGGCCGGCGAUGGCGGGGCUGGAGGCAACGGCUUAGCGGGCCCGGGCGGGAGCGCGACUGGGCCCGGUGGAGGCCUGACGCCCUCCGCACCUCCGUACGGAGCCGGUAAACAUGCCCCGCCCCAGGCGUUUCCCCCGUUCCCCGAGGGGCAUCCAGCCGUGUUGCCUGGAGAGGACCCACCCCCCUACUCACCCCUCACUAGCCCGGAUAGUGGGAGUGCCCCCAUGAUUACCUGUCGAGUCUGUCAGUCUCCGAUCAAUGUGGAAGGCAAGAUGCAUCAGCAUGUAGUCAAAUGUGGUGUCUGCAACGAAGCCACUCCCAUCAAGAAUGCACCCCCCGGAAAGAAGUAUGUUCGAUGUCCCUGUAAUUGUCUCCUUAUCUGCAAGGUGACUUCCCAGCGGAUUGCCUGCCCUCGGCCCUACUGCAAAAGAAUCAUCAACCUAGGGCCUGUGCAUCCAGGACCUCUGAGUCCAGAACCACAGCCAAUGGGUGUCAGGGUCAUCUGUGGACAUUGCAAGAAUACGUUUCUGGUGAGGAGGGAUAUUGGGAAACCCUGGAGGAGUGGACAGAAUUCACAGACCGAACUUUGGCACGGUGCCCUCACUGCAGGAAAGUGUCGUCUAUUGGGCGCAGAUAUCCUCGGAAGAGAUGUGUCUGCUGUUUCUUGCUUGGCUUACUCUUGGCAGUCACUGCCACUGGCCUUGCUUUUGGCACAUGGAAGCAUGCACAGCAAUAUGGAGGUAUCUACGCAGCCUGGGCAUUUGUCAUUUUGCUGGCUGUUCUGUGUUUGGGCCGGGCCCUUUAUUGGGGCUGUAUGAAGGUCAGCCAUCCUGUCCAGAACUUCUCCUGAGCCCCUUGAUCCAGUCUGUGCCUGGCGGCUGCCUGGCAGCAACAUUAACACUACAAAAGGCUCUCUGGACUUCUGCAAGGAAGCCAAGCAGCUGCCUCCCUUUCCCCUGGGGAGAGGUAGGAAGGAACCAGUCCCUUACUUAGGUUUGGAAGGGUAGGUAAGACCAUUGCUGGCUGUCUGCUUUCCUCCAAGGGUUGCUGUUUAGGGUAACUAGGCGAAACAUUGCCCCUAAGCCUGAAUCCUAAAGAUGGUUCUAGCCAUGUCCUUCCUCUCUGUGCUCCCUGAGAACCAUUCCUGACCCUUACACAUUCCAGGGCAGGGUGGGGGUGGGAAGUGUGUGUGGGGGGGUGCUGCCCUCCCUCUUGUGCACCAUUAGGACCUUGCUGCUGCUAUUGCACUUCACCAGGGGCUGGCUCUGGCCUCCUCCUCAGUCCCUUCUCCCCACACUUCUUGUCCUGUGGGGUGGGGUCAGCCACUGCUCUGUACAGAACUACAGGAACUGAUGUAGAUAGAACUAUUUAAUAUGGGAUGUGUUCCCCUAAUCCUGUAUUCCCCUGAAUUCCUCCUUCCGACCUUCCUUACUUCCAGUUGCAGUACUGAACUGGGCUGAGGUAGGGUCACUGUCUCGGGAGAGGUUAGGGAUUCAUCUGUGCUUGUAAAUAAAUAAUGUCAUGAAUCUAA